AUGAUUAAAAACAUAAACUUUAAUGCAAUAUCUCACGUUUUAUCAAUAAUAAAAAAUCCAAGAUUAAUUGUCCCUCAUUUAAUAGUAAAAGAUAUAAGAGAAUUAAACUAUGAAAAAUUAAAGAAAUCAGGUAUAAAUAAAUUAAUAUUUGAUAAAGAUAACACAUUAACUAUUCCACAUGAAAAUUUAUUAUAUCCACCAUUUAAGAAAUCUUGGGAUGAAUGUAAAAAUACUUUUGGUGUAGAAAAUAUUCUGAUUAUUUCAAAUUCUGCUGGAACAUUAAGUAAAGAUCCCAAUUUUGAUCAGGCAAAAGAAGUUGAAACAAAUUUUGGUUAG